AUGGCUGAUUUUACUGAAUCAAUGCCAAAUCGAAUUAACAGUGGGACGAAACAAAUUCAAUAUCAAACAGAAGGUCUGUUUGAAUAUCUUGCUCAUACACGUAGUCAACGUAAUGUACAUGAAGAAUUGUUAUGUGUUGCUGUGACUAUGGCCGAUAUUUAUCCCGAUGAAACAUACAAUUUUGUUUAUGGAAGAGCUCGAGCUGCAGAUAGUUACGGUGUCUAUUCAUUUUCUCGUCUCGAUCCAUUAUUUCCCAUGCCGCCACAUAAAUCUAUGAAUGUGGAAUUAACGAAUGCUAAUCGUACGAUUAUUCUUCGGCGUUGUAUCAAAAUUCUUCUUCAUGAAAUCGGUCAUCUUUUCGGUCUAAAACAUUGCAUCUACUAUCUAUGUCUAAUGAAUGGCGCAAACAAUGAAAUAGAAAUGGACCAACAACCACUUUUUGUGUGUCCAGUGUGUUUACGUAAAUUGCAAUCAUCUCUGAAAUUUAACAUUGAACAAAUGUACAGAAAAUUUGCAGAUUUAUGUGAAAGCCAUGAUCUGGCUUUUGAAAGAGAUUGGUACCGAAAACGACUUGAAUGUAUAUCAAUUCAAUAA